CAGCAGCAGCCACCGAAGCGCUUUCCCGGCGCCGGAGCUGCAGAGGCGCCGCCCGGCCGCCGAAGGGCUGCAGCUGCCUGGCCGGCUGGCGGCACCACCAUGAUCCGCGCCUUCUCCUUCCCGGCCAGCCCGGAGCGGAGCCGGCUGCGCGCCUGGCUCGAAGGCACCCUGGCCGGCUUGUGCGAGCUGCACUUGCUGCGGGACCGCCAGGAGCGGCGCGUCCGGCAGGCGCUGCGCAUCGCCGCCGAACCCUCCGCCGCCGCCAAGCCCGGCAGCGGCAGCAACAGCGAGCCCGGAGCCGCCGGGGAUCCUUCUCCGGAGGAGCAGCAGCUGGAUGCCCUUCCUGAGCUGAUGUGGGAAAUGGAAGAGCAGCUGGGUUUACUGCGACUGUACGGCAACGAGAAGACGUGUGGGGAGGCAGUUGAGACAGACAGCUGGCCUAGUUCAGGUUUCCACGAGGGUCAGCAGUCAGCCGUGGCCUCCGAUUCACCAGCUUCCGGGUUUGAAGAUUCUUCAUCCAGCAUCCCAUCGGCAUCCGGGUCCUAUUCCCGGAUCAGCCACCUAGAAUCCCGCCUUGGUUAUUCCAACGAGCGUCCCAAAUCUGUAGGGGAUGUAGCCAACAACAGCAAGGAGAGGACCCAACGGAGCACCAUGCCACGCUCCUUCUCAGCCCCCUACAACUCAUCCCAAGAGCAGUCUGCCGAGGCGCUACCCACCUGCUUCACCCCAGACCCUUUCUUGUACCCCAGUCCCCUGCAUGCGGUGGCCCUGCAGAGCCCCUUCUUCCAGAGCCCCUUGUAUGAGGACCCCGCCUUCUCCUCGGCUGCUUCCCGGGCCUUGUCCUAUCCGGAGGAUCCCGAUGGCAACUUGGAGGCCUACGGAAACGACUUCCAGCUCUACACAGAGGCGGCUUCGCAGGGCCAGCGGGUGGAGAGCUACAUCUCGCGCCUCCUCCGCCGCCGCAGCCAGCUGGUCAGAGGCAGCAAGCCCCGGACGAGCCUCGGCUUGGAACCACCGGCCAAGAGUGGCGUGGUGCGCCAGAGCAGCCUCUGCAAGCGACCCUCCGAGCUGCUCUCUCUGCAGGCUGACCGCAGGCAUCCUCCAGCCAUGGAGAGGGGCAGUAGCACUCCUUCGCCCUGCGGCCAUGAGGGGGGCACAGCUGUCACCACCACCCGUGUCUGGUCUUCGUGGGAUGCUGCAGCCGAGAGGACUUUGGCCGCCAAGAUGGUGGCGGAGGACUUCCAUCCGCCUCCAUCCAGUCUCCGGAAGCCCCCUAAGCUGCAGGCAUUGGCCCAAGGGAGGCCUCCUUCCAUAGACCACUACGACACUGUCUACCCCUCGUCCCCUCUGUUGGACAGGGAGGAUGGGUCCUCGCGGGGAAGUGGCCAGGAGCCAGUCUCCUACGAGUCGGAGGAAGGAGGCUGCCUGAUGGUGAAAGCCCAAUACAUCCCCGCUCAGCAGCCCCCCUGGGCCCAGCAGGCUCACCGGGCGGGCAGGAAGAAGCCCCCACCCCUGACCAAAGGCCGCUCGGUGGAACUGUCGCCCGAGCGGGUCCCUCUGCUGGUGAGGGAACGGCCACGGGUUGUGGCCCCUGCCAAGAAGUGCCGCUUUACAGAUGAGGGGAGCGAGGGGGCUGGGAGAAAGGGCGGAGGAAGGAAAAGUUCCCCCAAAUCCAAGAAGGCAGCCAGGUCUCAAUCGGAGAAUAGCCUCCUGAACAGGUCUAGGCUGAAAUACGGGACCAUGGACCGAGAGGAAUCGGCGCAGAAACAGUCCCGGCAACGUCGGUUGCAAGGGAACGCGGGCGGCGGCUACCGCAAAUGGAGCUCAACGGCCGAGAUCUCUCAAGAGGAGCUGUCUCCCGGGAGCACCAUGGAGCCACCCCGGGGCCAACAGGGGCCAGGCCCUGCAGGGUACACCUAUCCAGGCAGCGACUCUGAGUGUUCGGGCGAGCCAGCCAGGAGGGCCCCCGUGUGCCGCCUGGAGGAGGGCCUGGUUGGCGGAGACAGCGAGUCCAGCAUGAGCGACGGGGACUCGCCACCACCGUACAGCAGCGGCGCAUCCAGCGAUACGGACGAGAGUGGGGGUCUUGUGUGGCCGCAGCAGCUCUCCCCGCAGCUGGUGUCGGCAUCCGGCCCAGGAAAGGCUACCAGCGGGCAGCCCAAAGUCUUCGUCAAGAUCAAGGCCUCUCACGCACUCAAGAAGAAAAUUAUGCGCUUCCGAUCCGGCUCGCUCAAAGUCAUGACAACGGUGUAAGGGAGCAGAGUCAGUUCCCGCCACAUCCUGUCGGCUCCCCAACUUUCUGCAGGGGGCAGAAAGUUCCCCUUGAAUGUGUCUCAUCUUCCCUUUCAGCUGCCAGCAUCCAACUUGGUGCCAGACCAGGGACUGCUCAGCUUCACCUCUGAGCUGGAAGGAAAAACACUGGAAAAAACAAGGCUGCCUUGGAUGGAAGAAAGAUUUGGUCGUCUUUCUCUCCCCCGACUGGACGGAAACUGCUGAGCCUGGCACUUCCUGGCUGCCCCUCUUGCUAACUCCAUCCACUCUAAAAGGAGAGGUAUUUAUUAUGGCUUUCUUUUUCUUCCUUCCUUCCCUCCCUCCUUUCUUUCCUUCCUUCUUUCCUUCAUGCCUUCUUUCUUUUCCUUCUUUUUCUUCCUUCCUUCUUUUCCUUCCUUCCUUUCUUUCUUUCUUUCUUUUUCUUUUUUCUUCCUUCCUUCCUGCCUGCCUGCCUGCCUGCCUGCCUUUCCACCCACCUCCUCCUUUCUUUCUUUUUCUUUCUUUCUCCUUCCUUCCUUCCUUUCCUGCCUUCCUCCUUCCCUCUCUCCCUCGGUUCCUUCUUUCUCCCUCCUUUCUUCUUUCUUUCUUCUUUCUUCUUCCAGACUUCUUGGAGUCCACGUUUUUGUUUUAAAACUCUGAAAAUGGAGUCCACCCUGCGGAUCUUGUA